CCCGCCCCUUCUUCUUCCAUUUCUCCACCACCUCCUAGUUUGCCCGUGCGCCUAAACUAACAAAUAUUCUUUCUCUCUCUCUCUUCCGUGUCCCACAUACAUACACUUAUACUUUCAGACUUCAGUUGUUAGGCAUGGCGUCUUCAGGCAGUGGAACCACCACCACCACUAGUACGACCACCGGGGGCGCAGGAUCGCCGUGCGGGGCGUGCAAGUUCCUCCGUCGGAAAUGCGCGGCGGACUGCAUCUUCGCCCCUUACUUCUGCUCCGAGCAGGGCCCGGCCCGCUUCGCCGCGAUCCACAAGGUGUUCGGCGCCAGCAACGUGUCCAAGCUGUUGCUCCACGUCCCUCCCGCCGAUCGCUGCGAGGCCGUCGUCACCAUCGCCUACGAGGCCCAGGCCAGGCUCCGCGACCCUGUCUACGGCUGCGUCGCCCACAUCUUCGCCCUCCAACACCAGGUGGCCUACCUGCAAGCGCAGCUCAUGCAAAUGAAGGCUCAGCUGGCGGGAAACUGCUUCAUGGAUUCACCACCGCGUAAUAAUAACAAUAACACAGAAACUAAUCAGUAUCACGGCAGCUGGCAGGAAAACAACGACACUUCUACUAAUACUGCUACUGCUCCUGUGGCUGUAGAAUGGGGAUCCGCGGCACCAUUCUCAGCAGCUGCGGCCGACUAUCUCCACCGCAAUUACGGUUUCAACCCUACUAGUAGUAUUGUGUCGCCACAGAGCUCCCCUGACUCUGCCGAUUAUAGCCGUGGGGCGGAUGAUCUGCUGCAACAUAUGAUGUUCCAGAGCUCGGCAUAUGCUAGUCAUAAUAACCCCAAGAAAAGACCUUACAACAACGAACUUGGUGAUCUUCAGGCACUGGCUCUCAGGAUGAUGAGGAACUGAUGAUGACGCAUGUUCAUCAACGAUAUAUCAUCUUUUUUAUUUUCUCUAAUGCUUAAACCAAAAGCCUACCACGACGUAACUAAUUAGAGCCAAUCUUUUUUUAUUUAUAUACAUGACACUUUUUAUUCCGCAUUUGGUUACUAUAGAGCUGAUCAAUUAAGCUCCACACACUUGACUAGUACUUGUUGGUUUGUACAUAUGCUGAGUGAUUAAGGAACUCAUUCGAAACUUUGGGUUGUAUUAAUGUGGGGAAAUAGAAACAAUUAGUAUGG